AGAAAAUGUAUUAAUUAUUGAGUAUUCAAACCAAGUAUGCAAGAUAAACGGGAUUUAGAAAAAUUUAUCAAAUUUAUGGCAUUAAAAGCUGCUCAGAUUAUUAUUCAAUCACGAUCUGGGGAUAAAGUUUUUACGAAAUGCAAACCAAACUCAUCAGAUACAGAUUCGUUUAAUUUAGCAAUACAAGAUGUACCAGAAGCUUUAACAGAAGCAAAACGAGUGCUUUGUAAAGAUAUAAUUAGUUCUUCAAUUCCUUUAUGUAUAGAAAUAUCACUUAAAACCAUAGAAGGUGAUACGAUGGUACUUGAAACCUGGAGUCUUAGUGUUAUUUCAGAACAUAUUGAACCUAUGAUUCAAUUAGCUUUUACAAUAUAUAACAGAAUGGGAAUUUUAUUAAAAUCUUUACUUUCGGUAUCAAGAAUUACGCCUGCUUAUAAAUUAAGUCGAAGACAAGGAUCGGAUUCAUAUCGCAUUUGUUACCGAAUUUAUAUGGGAGAACCUCAACUUCAUACUUUAGGUGAUAAUUAUAAACAUAUUAGGGUUGGCCAAUUGUGUACAGCUGUGGGUAUAGUUCACUUGUCAGUUUCUUAUAGAACAAAAAUGACAAUUUCACCAACACAAACUGGUAGAGAUACUAUAAUGUUAAAAAGUGAUCAUUUUCACUCAGACCUAAGUCCUAAACAUACACGAUAUCAACAAAAUGAAGAAAGUUCAAAGUCAUUAUAUGAUACUGUUAAAAUAGGAGCAUUUGUUGUUAAUAAACAAUAUACCACAAAUGAAGAAAAUAGUCAUGGACAUAUUCCAUUUAGUUCUCUUUUAAUGCUACAUCAAACAUCAUCACCACCUCUGAAUUCAGUAAAUCAAAUAGUAAAUGCAACCUCAAUUGAUUCUAUAUGUGAAAGAGUAAUUGAUACAUGUAAUGGGAACGAACAAUUAAUACAUAACAAUAUUACAUCAAAAUGUAACUCACAAAAUGGAUCUAGACGAAGUAGUUGUUCUACAAGUGUGAACGAGGAUUUUAUAAUGGUAGACUUGAAAACUCCUUUUGCUGCAACAAAUACGAAUAGUGAUUUGGGUACUUUUUAUCGCGAAUGUCAAAGUGCUCCACAACUUCAAGCUUUUAUGGAAGAACAAACACUAGCACAACAAGUGGGUGAUCUUACAAAACAAUUGGAGGCCUUUGAAACAAAUAUGCACCUGUAUGAAGAUUUACUGACUUCACUUUAUAAAUGUGAAAAUAAUAUUUGAAUAAUUAACUAGUUUUAUUAUAAGUAUAACUUUUACAACACU